AUGCCUCCACCAGACCCGUUCUGGAUUUGCCAUGAGUGCGGCGCGACGAUGCGUCCCCUGACCAUUGACGGCGUUCCGCACUGCGCCUCAUGCGACUCCGAGUUCAUCGAAAUUCUCGACCCCGAUAUCAACCCUGAUCCGAUGCAUGACCUUCCUCCACCGCCGCCUACUCGGCCCGGCCGUGUUUCUCCACCUUUUGGUCCCCCACCAUAUCCCGCGAACCGGCCCAUUGGGCCGGGGCAGCAACGUCCCCAGCAGGCGGACGACGGGGGUGGUGGCCUCCUGGGCGGCUUAUUCAACCUCUUUGGCGGCGGCGGCGCGUCCGGCGCCGGUCAGGACAACCAUCAGCCCCGUGCCCACGGCCAGCAGCCUGGCGGCGGCCGGUCAUGGGAGUGGAACUUCGGCAAUGGUGCCGUUCGUGUGCAAGGCUUCUCUGGGCCUGCGCCGCGGCAAGACGGCAGUUUCGGCAAUCCGUUCCUCCCCGGACAAAACCCUUGGGUUGGUGGGUAUGCUGGCGCCCCAGGCCGCGACAAUCAGGGACUUGAUGCCUUCUUCCGUGGUUUCGGGGCACCGUCCCCAGGCGUCCGGGCGCGAGGCGGUGGUGGUGGCGGAGCUCCAGAGCCUCUAUCUGGCGGCGACCUCCUCCAGGCGCUCAUGCAGAUUGUAAUGGAGGAGGGCGCGCAGCCCAUUCCGCUUGGCCCGAACGGGCAGCUGGGAGACUACGUCAUGACUGAGCGUGGAUUCAACGACAUCCUGGAGCGCUUGAUGCAGGCUGCUGGACCACAGGGCCCGCUUCCAGCCUCGCAGGAGACGAUCCGGAGUCUCGAGCGCUUCACCUUUGACGAGAAGACGCUUGCCGCGAGUCCGUACAAAGACUGCCCUGUCUGCAUGGACGACUUCGUGGUCGGCGACGCGGUGAUAAAGAUCCCCUGUGGUCACGAGUUCCAUCCUGACUGCCUGACGCCGUGGCUCGAGACGAACGGGAGCUGCCCUGUGUGUCGACACUCGCUAGUCCCGCAAGAAGGAGAGGAAGACGCACCCGGUAGCCAACCAUCGCAGCCUCAGGCCCAGGCUCAGGCUGGCCCAUCAAGUGGUAGCUCACAACCUCCUGAGCCAGCGCCACCUGCUCACCCUGGCGUUCUAGGUGGUGCGCAGGGCGCUAUCACGAGCGUGCUCAAUCGUCUCUUCGGACAAGCCGGCACGACCGAGCAGCCUCCUUCCCCAGUGGACAUAGACAGGCCAAGCUCUAGCCGACGGCCGUCGAUCUAUAACGUACCUCCAUCCCCUGCCAACCCCACGGAUGACCCUCCAGAGCAGCUCAUCGACUUUGACACCCCAGUGCGCACGACCCCGUCGACGGCACCGAGACGUCCGCUGCCGGAAUGGGCGCAGAUGGCGCGUGGGAUGCAGGUGCCCGGUACGCGCCAGGCGCCGAGUGGGUCGCGUCCGUCUUCUUCCUCUCGUCCUCUGCCACGCGCACCCCUACCCAACCAGCCACCACUACCCGCAUCCAGCGGCGGUACGAGCACGUUCGGGCAGGGCGGCCUUGUCCCUCGGACCGACCUGUUCGACUCGGACGUCGCCCAGUUCCGCGCUAUGAGAGCCGCGGGUGAUGUCCAGGUGAUGCCCUGGAACUCGCCGAACCACCAGCAUGUCGUCGUACCGUACGUCGAGGUCGGGGAUGAGGCCGAGGUUGACGAACCGCGGAUCUUCUGUCACACCCCCGGCUCCAACGCGGUUGGCGACUUUGGCCUUCUCCAGCUUCGUCGUGUGGCCGGACGGGCGGAGGCUGGCCCAGUCCGCGAGGGGCGAAUGUGCUGCCACGUCGUGGAGCGCGGCGUGACGGGUGAGGCGGCGAUGGGCCGCAUUAUGCGCGAGUGUCCGGGCGUGCAAGAGCCGACCGCGACGCUGAGCUAUAGCGGGCCGGCGCCGGGAUCGGUGUCGGCCGAGGAUGUGGACUAG